GAAAACAACAGUCGUGGGAGGCGGACGUGCGCUCUCCAGAAAGAAGCCAAGCCGAGAAACAAGACAAAUAGCAAACAAACAGCAACGCUUCAUCGUGCAAAUGCAAACAAAUAUGAUUUAAAUUGAUUAAUUCACAAUUAAUAGAAUUUAAUUCGUGUGCGGUGGAGAGGAAUAACGGUUCGUUCUGCGGCGUGUUUCGUUAAUGCGAUUGUUUGUGCGUGUGUGUGUGUGUGCGCGAAACGGAAAUAAGAAAUAAACAAGAAGCCAGAAACAACAAAAAGCGACGUCGGCCAAGUGUAAGCAAAAGUGAGAAAAAAAAGGAAGACAAAAUAGGAAAUUCGCUGAAUGCAGAUGCAACAGCAACAACACCAACAACAACACAACAAAUAAGCGAACAAAACGCCAGAGUGCAAGUGCAACGCGCGAAUCGUUUCGAGUAUGCGUGUGUGUGUGUGCGCUUGUGAGCGGCGGAAGUAGAAACGUUUUGACUUGGUUCUUCCUCUUCUUCAUCUUCUUCUACUUUUUAUUUGCUCCGCUUUGUGGCUGAUAUUCGUCGCAGCAAAAAACGAAACGAAAACAAAAACAGAGAGCCAGGAUUAGCCCCCCAAAAGCAUCGCCCUCUGGCAUCAGCACCCACUCGGCACCCCCCCUAAAAGCAAAUAUACAAACAACAACAACAACAAUGGCCACUUGGCGCGUCACCAGCAGAUAGCAACAACAAAAACGCAACAAGAGAAUCACCGAAGCAAAAGCUAAAGCAAAUUCUGGGAUCUGGACAUAUCCGCUUCCGCGUUGCUUCUGUCGCAAAAAGAGCUCAAGAAUCAAGAAUCGAAAAAAUCACUCACUCACUCACCGACCAGUACGUCACCACAGUGCACAGUGGAGCAAACAGAUACCGCAUCGUAGGGCAACUCUAGUGGCUACCACUAAAGACUUGAUACGGAUUGAGAUCCGUUGAUCCACGAAAACAGAAACACUUCCUUACACACACUGGCUGCAUGUCCAAAAUGAAAAUGCUCCCAGUACAGUUAUCGUUGAACCAGCUGAAUCCCGGCAUCUGGAGCGAUGUUCUGUGGCGCUGCCCCCCAGCGCCCUCCAGUCAGCUGGCGGAGCUGAAGACACAGCUGCCCCCAUCCCUGCCCUCCGAUCCGCGCCUCUGGAGUCGCGAGGAUGUGCUCGUCUUCCUGCGUUUCUGUGUCCGCGAAUUCGAUCUCCCAAAGCUCGACUUUGAUCUCUUCCAGAUGAACGGCAAGGCGCUGUGCCUACUAACGCGUGCGGAUUUCGGCCAUCGGUGUCCGGGUGCUGGCGAUGUUCUGCACAAUGUACUGCAGAUGCUGAUCAUCGAGUCGCACAUGAUGCAGUGGCACCUGCCCAACAGCCCAGUGACGCCAACCAGUCGUUAUCCCCUGUCGCCGCACAGCCAUCCGCCGACGCCCACGUGGCCGCCGCUCAAUGCUCCGCCCGAGAGCAGUCCCUUCCACAGUUCGGCCCACGGUCUGGCGGGUCAUCACUUCAUGGCACCCAACUCGGUUACCCUCAGCCCGCCGCCGUCAGUUGACUCCCAGGCGAGUAGUCCACCCCAGGCGCCGUAUCAGAAUGGAGGAGGAGCCCCUGGAGCAGGCAGCGGAGGAUCAGCGAACGCUGGUGGAUCUACAACAACAGCCGGAGGAGCAUCGGGUGCUGGAGUCCCGACUAGCAGCAACACAGCAUCUUCGAGCGCCAGCAGCACCGCCAGCAAUGGCUCCCAGCCACAGAUGAUAAUGCCCAUGAAGGGCAUCAGCAGUGCCAGCAGCAAUCACUCGGACUCCGAGGAGGAGUUCUCCGAGACGAGCGCCGGAGUGGGCAAGAUGCCGCCGGCUCCGCUCUCCUACAGCACGGCCAGUCCGCCGGGCACGCCCAUUUUGAAAGACAUCAAGCCCAACUGGUCGCAGCAGCUGACGAAUAGCUUUGUGAACUCCUGGUCGCAGCAGCAGCAACAGCAACAACAACAGCAGCAACAGGCUGCAGCGGCGGCGGCAGCAGCAGCAGCCGCAGCGGUCCAGGCCCAGCAGCAACAGUUGCAGCAGCAGCAGCAGCCCCAGAAGCUGACACUGGAUAACACAGCUGGCCCAGUGGUGGCCCCCGCCGGAGGAUCCAUCUCCGCCCCGACCACGCCCAGUUACAUGUACAAGAACAAGCGCGAGUUCUUCCCCGAGAACUCGGAGCCCAACACAAAUGGCCGCCUGUUGUGGGACUUCCUGCAGCAGCUGCUGAACGAUCGGAACCAGAAGUACAGCGAUCUGAUAGCCUGGAAGUGCCGCGAUACGGGAGUCUUCAAGAUCGUCGAUCCCGCCGGACUGGCCAAGCUGUGGGGCAUCCAGAAGAACCAUCUGUCCAUGAACUACGACAAGAUGUCGCGCGCUCUGCGCUACUACUACCGCGUCAACAUUCUGCGGAAGGUGCAGGGCGAGCGGCAUUGCUACCAGUUCCUGCGCAACCCCACGGAGCUCAAGAACAUCAAAAAUAUAUCGCUGCUGCGCCAGACGACGCCGGCGUCGGGCAAUGGAGGUGCCUCUGCCAUGCCGCAGGGUGGCAGCCAGGCGCCCGGAAGUCCGGCUGCUCAGAACUGGAGCGCCCAGCAGCAGCAGCAGCAGAACCAGCAACAGCCACAACAGCAGUCGCCCCAGCGUCCGCCCUCCCGGAAUGGACCGAUGAGCCUGCCAGCCGUUGCAGCAGUGGCGGCAGCAGCUGCCGCCGCCUAUGGUCCGCCGCCCACAUCGCCACUCUUCAUGCACGCGAUCAACGGUGCCUUCCACUACUUGUCGGCGGCGGCAGCUGGACCGCCGCCCAACUCCCCUGCCCUGAACACCCCCUCCGCCGUCGGCGGCCCCGACAAGUUCCAGUUCCAUCCGCUGAAGCUGGAGAACAAUUCGGGAUCGGGUUCGGGCUCGGAAAGCGCCGGCGAGGAUCUGAAGCCCACGGAUCUGAGUGUGAGCAGCAAAAGCAACGCCACCAGCAACGAGGAUUGCUACCCACUCAUCCGGAAUGCUGACGGCCUCACCACCAUCAAGCUGAUACGCUACAACGAUCACUCGCCAGCUGAGCAGUCGCCCAAGACCGAGGAUCAGCAGUCCACCGUCGAGAGCAGUUCACCCAGGCCCAUGGAGCAGGCCAGUGAACAGGCCCAGCCCGUGCCCAUGGACAGCGAUUGCAAUGGGGGCGAGUCCGAGGACUCGUUCCGUCACAUGCGGCAGUAGGCGGAGCAGAGCAGAAUCCUGUGACAAUCGCCUUUCUUCCUCCAUCUAUCCACCAUCCACCCACCACCCAUCCCCGAGCACAUACACAACAUUACCUG